UUUGAAUUCAGGGUGCGUGAUCGGCCAGGAGCCAGCGGCGCGCUCUGGUUUUAUCCCCUUGGGGGCUGACAGGUCCAGAACAAGCUCUCAGUAUUGUCUACACCUGCGGGCGUCAGAUGCACCUUCGUGUUCGUUUGUUUAUGCCGGUCGGUUCCGUAUCCAUCUUGACUCAGAAGACAAUCCGUUGUGCGUUGACUGACACAUCCGAUCCGUUCCCACCUCAUUCGCCCGCCCUUGCCAGCCGGCCAGAGCAUGGCGCGACACAUGUCUUGCAGCCUCGCCGCCUCCUUGAUCCUCUUCCUGGCCCGCCGCUCCCUCGCGGCGCGGAUGAACGUGCAGGCAGAGGUCGCAAGCGAUCGCUGCGACCCCGUGAGUGCGGAUCUGGAGAGGUACGGCGCGCGCGUCAACAGCGCGGCCUGCCCGGGUGGGCCGUCUGGCUGCAGGUUCUGGGACACGUGCCCGAAGGAGGACGGAGGGGCAUGCCCCAGCGGUUGCCUUCCGUACUCGAGCGCCCUCAAUUUGACGUACCUGCAGCGUGCAGGGGCGCGCUUGGGCCACCGCCUCACCGGGAGCUGCGAGAAGGCGUGCCGCUACACGGACGAGGCGAUGCUGGAGCCAGGGCAGGGGGCGGCCUUCGUCGUCACCUCCGCGGCCGUCCUGGAGCAGAAGCUGAUCAAGCAGGAGGAGGAGUGCGGGAGCGCCCUCGGCUUCAUGAGCGCCUCGUGCGGCGCGCGGCAGCGGAAGAUCGGCUCCGUGUUCGGUUUCUUGGUCCGGGCUCUUUUCAAGGCGUCGGCGAAGGCGCGUAUGGGAGGCGUCUCUGAAUGCGAGGCGUUGUUGCCACCUGCGGUUGGUGCACAGAUCUCGACGGGCUUCCUCAAGGUCGCCAGGUACUUGAUCUCGACGGGCGGGCUCAACGAGACUGAGAGCAAGGCUUUGCAGGCUCUUGGUCGGCUCCCGUCCCUGCCCGGCUUCUGCGGUAAGAUGCACCAGCAGCAGAUGGCGUUGGAGGCGGCGGGAAAGGCUCAACACGCUUCCGCCAACGUAAAGAUUGCUCUGCGGCGUGCGGCGGGGGGUCGGUUGUCCCAAGAAGCAGUGGACCGUGUUUUCGAGAAGGUUGUCGAGGAGGAGGGCGCCGCGAAGAUCGUUGAUGAGGCGCUUGCGAAAGAUGAGCGCGGUCUGGAUGAAGCGAUGAAUCGCACUGACGGCUCAUCGCUGGUCGAAGUGCAUGAUACGUCGCAGGCCGUGGUCUCCUCUAGGGGCAUCCUCUCUGGAGUAUGGGCGGCAUUUUGGUCCCUCUUCAUUCAUGGGGUUCUUGGUACGCUGGUGGGCUCUGUGAUGACGGCUCUGUGCCUUAUCAGCGGUGGCAUAAUCACAGAUGCGAUGGGAAUUACCACGGUUGAGGACGACUUCUCUGGGCUCUUCUGGCUAUACUCAUGCCCUUCGCAACUCUUUGGCAUGUGGUGGGGGCUGCGCGGCCCUCUUGAGGACCCGUUCUCGGACCUCGGCUUUGCAUGGGAGGACGUUGCGGAGGAGUUCAAGUCUUAGAGUUUGCCGGGAGUUCGUCGCAGCUGCCGCCGGCCCGUCUCCUCCAGGAGCUCGCGGAUCUGCCCUUGCCUUUGCACGAAAUGACGGGCCUGGUGGCGGGUUGAUUGAUCACUUCGCUAUGCGGGAGGCUAGGACUGGAGGGAGGAGGCAAGCGAUAGAAGAUUAGGAGAGAAAGGAGGAGGACCAAAUCUUGCUCGACUGCUCAGAUUUUGACCUGCUGAGUCGCUCGUCCCACGGCGCAGCCGUGCUGUCCGACUUCGGGAGAAGGCUGGUGGAGCCGGCCAUGCUUGCUGCUUCUCUGCUGGAUCCUGCCGGGGUUGGUUUGAACAUCUCGCUCCUGCCACGAGCCUUUUUAGAGUUUGGAGCGCCUUAAUUGCGAGCUUGUGGAUUUGUGCCGCGGGAGAUGCCGAGUUCGGCGAUGGCCUCGUGGACACCUCUUUCUUAAUAUGUUCCUCUCCUGCAGUCGCUUUUGCAGCUUGUCUUGCACUGGCCCACAGCAAAACUCUGCGACUACUCGCGAACCCUAACCCCCCGCGGGUCCAAUCGAUGUUGGGGCAGCGGACACAUUCGAAGGAGUUUGCUUGGCUGCAUCAAUCCUUC